AUGUACGCCCCACAACAGCCAAUUUUGAUUCUCAGCAAAAAUACGAAGCGAGAGAGCGGCCGAAAGGUGCAGUUGGAGAACAUCAAUGCCGGCAAAACCAUAGCUGACCUCAUCCGCACAUGCCUGGGCCCACAAGCAAUGAUGAAAAUGCUGAUGGACCCGAUGGGAGGCAUCGUGAUGACAAACGAUGGCAAUGCUAUCCUGCGUGAAAUCACCGUGCAACAUCCGGCGGCCAAGAGCAUGAUCGAAAUCGCUCGCACGCAGGAUGAGGAAGUUGGCGACGGUACCACGUCCGUGAUUGUGUUGGCAGGUGAAAUGCUGUCAGUGGCCGAACAGUUCCUUCAGCAGCAGAUCCACCCGACGGUCAUCAUUCGAGCGUACCGGGAGGCGCUCGAGGACAUGGUGCGCAUCCUGCAGGAUGAGGUCAGCAUUGAGCUGGACCGCACCGACAAGAAGCGGCUGUCGGAGGUGGUAAAGUCUUGCGUUGGCACAAAGUUCGUCGGACGCUGGUCGGAUUUGGCGGUGCGCAUUGCCCUGGAUGCGGUCGAGACGGUGACACUGACGGAGAACGGUCGCACGGAGAUUGACAUCAAAAAAUACGCCAAGGUAGAGAAAAUCCCGGGCGGAUCGAUUGAUGAUUCGUGCGUGCUGCGUGGAAUCAUGCUGAACAAGGAUGUGACGCAUCCGAAGAUGCGUCGGUACAUCGAGAACCCGCGUAUCGUUCUGUUGGACUGUCCGCUCGAGUACAAGAAGGGUGAAAGCCAGACGAAUGUGGAAAUUGUGGGCGAUCAGGACUUUACGAAGCUGCUACAGAUCGAGGAGGAACACGUGUUCCGUCUUUGCGAGGAGAUUAUUGCCGUGAAGCCGGAUGUAGUGUUCACGGAGAAGGGAGUUUCCGACCUGGCACAACACUUCCUGAUGAAGGCGGGCAUUACGGCUAUUCGGCGACUGCGCAAAACGGACAACAAUCGGCUGGCCCGUGCCUGCGGUGCUACGAUCGUGAACCGUACGGAAGAGUUGACGGAGAAGGACGUCGGCACUGGGGCCGGAUUGUUCGAGAUCAAGAAGAUGGGCGACGAGUACUUCUGUUUCGUGACGAAGUGUGAGGAUCCAAAGGCAUGCACGAUUUUGCUCCGUGGUGCGUCCAAGGACGUGCUGAACGAGACAGAACGCAAUCUGCAAGAUGCGCUGCACGUCGCACGCAACCUGAUGCUCGAACCGAAACUGCUGCCCGGUGGUGGUGCAGUCGAGAUGGCCGUCUCGCAGGCACUGACCAACAAACAGAUCCAGGGACCGUACCGAGCCGUUGCUCAGGCGCUGGAAAUCAUCCCCCGGACACUAACCCAAAACUGUGGUGCUAACACGAUCCGCACACUGACUGCACUGCGAGCGAAACAUGCAUCACACCCGGCCACGGAAGGCCCUUGCACUUGGGGCAUUGAUGGUGAAACUGGUCAGCUGGUGGACAUGAAGGAGAAAAACAUCUGGGAACCAUUGUCGGUGAAGUUGCAGGUGUACAAGACGGCCGUUGAGACGGCAAUUCUUUUGCUGCGCAUCGAUGACAUUGUGUCCGGAUCGAAGAAGAAGAGUGACGAUGGCACCGGUCCGUCGCCAGCUGCUGCUGCCGCCGGCAUGGGAGGAGAGUAA